AUGGAGGCAGCUGGGUUUGGCCAAGAUAGGACCAGGAGAGGCUGGACCCUGGGGCAUCUCUGCUCCCUCCUGGCCAUGGCACUGCUGGCUUCGAGCCUGGUGCAGGGUGCCCAGGGCAGUCAGAAUCAAGCAGGCUGUGGCAAGCAGUUGGUCUCAGGGCGCAUCUUGAAUGGUCAGGCUGCCAAGGACGGGGCCUGGCCCUGGCAGGUCAGCGUGCAGCAAAAUGGCUCCUACAUCUGCGGCGGUUCGCUCAUCUCUGAGAGCUGGGUGGUGUCAGCAGCUCAGUGCUUCACUCCAUCCGUUGACAGCUCAGCGUAUCGGGUGCAGCUGGGUGAAAAGCGGAUUUUCGAUCAGACCCGCAACCAGACGUACUCAUUGGUGAAGCGGGUCGUCCUCCAUCCCAGUUACGACAGUAACACAUACCAGGCUGACAUCGCCCUGCUGGAGCUGGAGAAGCCAACUGUGUUCACGGCCACCAUCAGCCCCGUGUGUCUGCUCGACGCCUCCGUCCGUGCGCCUGCUGGGAAGCCCUGUUGGGUGACUGGCUGGGGGAACCUUUUCCCACAAACGGGUAUUUCCCGACCAUCGACGCUGCAUGAGGUGGAGGUGCUCGCUGUAGACUCCAUGAGCUGCAACAGUCGCUUCCGUGAAGCAUUAAAAAAGCCUGAGAGUUACAGCCCCAUCAAAGAUGAUAUGAUGUGUGCUGGGUACACGGAAGGCCAUAAAGGCUUUGCUUGGGGUGACUUCGGGGGACCCCUGGUGUGUGAAAAGGAUGGGACCUGGUACCUUGCUGGGAUUGUGAGCUGGUUCCUGACGACAACAACGAAUGCUGUUGCUUCUGGUUACCCUGGGGUCUACAACCGCCCAAAUGCCCACAAUGAUUGGAUCCAGAAGAACGUACCUGGUGUGACUUUCAAGGUGGUGAACUUAACUACCACUGACACUCUGAAUGGUGCCAGUCUGUCUGCCACCAUCCCCAGGGUCUCUCUCCUUGUUGUGCUUCUGCGACUGGUCAUCUGA